AUGGGUAUUUCGAUCAAGCUUGCUUCUGUUUUCUGCCUGGUGUUCCUUGCUUCCACCGUGAUUGAGGACUCUCAUGCCAUGGUAUUCAUAUCGAAGAUCGCUCUCCACCUGAGCGAUGCGUGUCCCCUGUUUGCCGAGGAGGUCUUAGACGAAGGAGGCAAGUGCGAUCCCGACGUCAUCGAGGAGGUCAUUGACGAAGUCGACGAGAUCGAACUACCCGGCGCCAAUCCCGACAUGAUCGAACGCUAUUUGGAAGAGGCCGAGCAGGGCAAGAUGUGCUUCUCUCCUGAUGGGGCCAAUGUGUUAAAGCUGCAGGAUGGGUGUGCAACCAUGGAUGCCGUCUGCACCGGCAAAGAGAACGUCAUGUACUGCUCACAAAUGGCCAGCGUGACCACCGAGACUCCUAACACCACACUCAAGACAACUACUAGGCCUAAAAGGAUCGACUGAAGAUUCUUGGAGAAUCCUAAACCCGUGAUCGAAUAGACUUUUCUCAACAUGCUGCAAUUUUCUAUUUCAUAUGAUUUGA